AUACCACAAAAGGAAGGUUGGGAUUGAUUUUGGGGGUUAUGGUACCAACAGUUAAGGAAUUAGGGGCCAUAAAGGGGCCAAAAAUAAGCAUUUUCUAGUUUCCAGACAAUAACUGUGGAACGGUGUAUGGAUCUCUCUGAAAUUAUACUACAAGUUUCCAUACCACAAAGGGAUGGUUAGGAUUUGCUUUGGGGGGUUAUGGCUCAAACCGUUUAGGAAUUAGGGGCAAAAAAGGGGAAAAACAAGGUUGUCCUGGUUAAUGGACAAAUACUUGAGUACAAAACAUAAUUUAAAGCAGUGUAAGGGAGAUAAAUCAAAUACUUCAUUGAAAUUACCUCCCUUACACUGCUUUUAAAUUAUGUAUGAAGUAAUGGUUAAUGAACAAUUAAGAUAAUUUAAAAGUUUUUCUGGAAUGAUUUGAAAUCUUUUGUUGUUAAAUCUUUAAAUUAUGGGUCAAAUUUAGGACACUUAUCAGUGACUCAAAGGCAGGGAAUCAUUACAUGCUUACCAAAAGACAAUAAACCAAGACAUUUACUCAAAAAUUGGAGACCUAUCUCCUUGCUGAAUACUGUAUACAAAAUAAGUUCAGGGGUUAUUGCUAGUAGAUUUAAAAAAGUUUUUAGACAAACUGAUUGAUUUAGAUCAAACUGGCUUUAUCAGUGGACGUUUUAUUGGGGAUAACAUAAGAUUAAUUUAUGAUCUUUUACAGUAUACAGAAGAACAUAACAUUCCAGGUUUAUUGCUUUUAAUUGAUUUUGAAAAAGCAUUUGAUUCUCUAUCUUAGGACUUUCUGGUGUCAGUGUUGCAAUUUUUCAAUUUUGGUGAAUCUAUUAUUAACUGGGUUAAAGUAUUUUAUAAUAAUAUCUCAUCUGCAGUCAUUCAGGGGGGAAAUCUUUCAGACUUUUUUCAAAUAGGACGUGGCUGUAGACAAGGGGAUCCCUUAUCACCUUACCUUUUUAUUAUUUGUGCAGAAAUUUUGGCAAUUCGAAUACGGGGGAAUAGAAAUAUUACUGGUAUAACUGUGACUAGGAUAGAACAUAAGUUAUCACAGUUUGCAGAUGAUACUUCACUUAUUUUAGAUGGAAGUGAACAGUCCUUAAAUGAAACUUUAAAUGAAUUAGAUUGGUAUGCAAAACUUUCAGGGCUAAAUAUAAACAUUUCUAAAACACAGGUAGUUUGGAUUGGGAGUAAAAAAUAUUGUAGUGAUAAACUUUGUCCAAACAGAAAUUUAUCCUGGGGUACAACAUCUUUUAAGUUAAUGGGUAUAAAUUUUGAUGUUGAUCUUGAUAAAAUUAUUAACAUUAAUUAUAAUGAGAGGAUUUUGCAGAUAAAAAAUCUAAUUAAGAUAUGGUCAAAAAGAAAUCUUACAGUAAUAGGUAAAAUUACAGUUGUGAAAACUCUGAUUUUACCUGUCCUUAAUCACCUUAUAAUUACAUUGCCAAAUCCAAAUCAAGAACUUGUGAAAAAGAUCAAUGAGCUUAUUUUAAAAUUUAUUUGGAAUUCACCUGUUCAUAGAGUCAAGAAAGAGCUGUUGCAAAAAGAUUACAGUGAAGGUGGAUUGAAAAUGAUCAACCUUAGCUCCUUUAUCACAGCCCUCAAAUCUACAUGGGUUAGAAAACUUUUCCAAUCUGACAAUAAAUGGAAAAAUGUUUUAUUUUCCAUAAUAAAUCAAGAAAAAUUAUUUAAAUUUGGAAAUGGUUAUCUGUCAAACAUUAAAGUAAAUAUGAAAAAUAAAUUUUGGCUUGAUGUAUUCCAUGCAUGGGACAUUAUCAUUGAUAAAGAUGAAAACAAUACGUGGGAAUAUUUUUUGUCAAGCCCACUGUGGAUGAAUAAUUGUAUAAAAAUAGAAAAUAAACCUGUAUUUUAUAAAAACUGGUUUAAUAAAGGUAUAGUUUUCAUUAAUGACAUUAUAUCAGAUGCUGGAAAAAUUCUCAGUUUGGAACAGUUAGAAGAAACAUUUAAAGUUGACAGAAAUGUUAUGAAAUACAACAGCAUAAUUUCUGCUGUAAAGAAUGCAAGAAAGGGCUAUGUUUUUGAUAAUUAUAAACUAGUCACUCCAUUUAUUCCUUCAUUUGCCAAGAUUUUUUUUAAAAGCUCAAGGGGAACUAAAGACAUGUAUUCACUAUUAAUUAGAAAUAAUAUAGUUUCAACGGGUCAGAAAAAAUGGGAUCAAAUUUUAAAUGUAGAUGAAAAUGAAUGGAGAAUAAUUUUCAAAUUACCUUUUGUAGUCACAAAAAAUACCAAACUGCAGUGGUUACAAUAUAGAAUAAAUCAGCAUAUUCUAGGUACAAAUAAAUUUUUGAAUAAAAUUAAUGUCACAAUCCAAAUUGUACAUUUUGCCAAGAAGAAGUAGAAACUAUUGUACAUUUAUUUUGGAAUUGUGAAAUUGUUCAAACAUUCAUUGAUGAAAUUGACUCAUGGUUUUUGUCUAAUGGUAUAAGUGUUCCAUUUACCAUAAAACAUUUUCUGUUUGGGGAUAUUACAAAAUCAUUUAGGGGGAAUGCUGCAAAUUUGAUUUAUUUGCAAAUAAAACAAUAUAUUUUCAACUGCAAAUAUUUUAAGAAAGCUUUAACAUUGCAGGCAGUGCAAAGUAAAAUAAAAUCUUUAUACAGCACUGAAAAAUUAAUUGCUGUUAAAAAUAAAAGAGUAGAUAUUUUUGACCAGAGUUGGAAUGCUUUUGCCAUCCUUUUCAGUGAAUGAUCAGUUAUUUUUUACAUUGUAUAUGUGUACAUAAAUUAAUAGACAUAGAAUGUGCAUAUGAUAUAUUGUCUCUUAUAUGAGAAAAAACUACAUGAUUCAUCUGUGCAAAUAAAUAACCAAAACAAACAAAACAACUUUUAAUUUCUUUGAAAUUCAUCUGAUUAUCUAUCUUUCAAUUAUUUUUUAUUUUUAUUUUUUUUGUUUUUUUUCAUUGUUUGAAUUUAAAAAAUCUACAGAAAUAUCUUAUAUAUAUUUAUAUUUUACUACUAAAACAACACAAAUUAUAUAUUUUUUAUAACCUGUGCAUUUGUUAUAUUAGAUAAUUAUAUGUUUGAUAAUCUUAAUGGUAAGCUUGUUUAUUGAUAUUACUGACAUGGUACAUAAUUUUUUUAAGUAUGGAAAAUUGUAUGUAUAGUACUAACAAAAACUAACAGCUGUAUAAAUAUGUUAUUUUACUAAUGUUAACGAGGCCGGGAUAAGGUACCGGUACUUGAUGUUUUCCACUAACAAAUGUACAGAUUUCAAUAAAAUAUGAUAAAUUAAAAAAAAAAAAAAAAAAAGUUUAAAAAAAAAAAAGAUAAUUUAAAACAGUGUAAGGGAGGUAAUCCAAAUACAACGUUUUGGUUACUUCCCUUACACUGCUUUUAAAUUAUGUUUAAAGAAAUGCAUAUUUAUAAAGGAAAUAACGGUAAAAAUAUCUGCAAAUGUUGCAUCUUUUUUUUUUACAUAAAAAUCCAUAUGAAAGAUUUGACACUAUAUUUUAAAUUCUAUUAUAAAAUAGAUUAAAGACCAAACAGCCUAUUGUUGAUGCGCAUCAACUAACGCAACUUGGUAGUGACAUAAAAGCUCUAAAGUUUCUAGCCAUGGAAAAAACGUCAAAUUAUAACGUCCUAUUUCGCGUUUAUCACGGAUUCCAACAUUGUGAAAGUACAUCUUCCAAGAAAAGUGGUAUUAAUCGUCGCACUGAUACCUAGUGGAAAUUAAACACAAAUGGACACAAAAGAUACUACACUAUCUGUAACCUCCGUUCUAAUAAAAAUAAUGAUAAAAAUAUGAAUUUUGAACUCAACUUUUUGCAUUUGCGCCGAUCUGCAUUUCACUUUUUUUCUUUCACUUGCGCCGAUUUUGUCUUUCAUUUGCGCCGAUAGUGUACAGGUAAAUUAUAGGUAAAAGUUAUUUUUUUAUUUAUCAUAUAAACCUCUUCCGUUAGCCAGUUGUACAUCUGUUAUGAAUUGUCAGUUAUAACAUGAAUAUAACUGUUGUCCCCUACUCACAAAGGGAGGUGGGAGUAGAAUUUUUGAACAGGAUAAGUCAAUUUAAAAGAUAUUUGUGCACUCUGUUUUCAUCCACUAAAAUCACGGAGUAAAAUUCUAUUUACAGCAUUUCAAAGCACCACAAUUAAAUCCAUAAAAAUGUAAUACUAGUACAAUGAAUCAUUAUCUUGCCGAGAAUUUAUAUGCCACACAUCUGAUAUAUUCCUUUCUUGUCAUUUUAUCUUUUCUAUACUUCUUGUACUUGCCAAUAACGAAGACUAUCUUUUCUUUCUCGUGUCAAAACGAAGUUCUCGAACAAUAUGACCAAAAUUAUCUUAAACAUAAGGGAACACUAUUUAUAUCCAUAUAUUACCAUGCAAUAUACAUUCUAGGUUUACUACAUGUACAUGUAUUUACUCGUACUCGUAUAGCAAAUAAAGUAUCGGGCUAGUGAUAAAAAAAAUAAAAUAGGCGCUACUGAAAGAAUCAAAUCGGCGCAAAUUAAAGAUCAAAAUUUUUUUUAAAUCCGCGCAAAUCUCGUACGCCCGUGUAACUUUACACUGGUAAAUUUAUAUGACUUGCGCUUAGAAUUUUAACUUAAUAUGUGUUUUUCAAAACUAAGUUUUCAAAAGGUUAGGCCGAUAAACAAUACUUUCUAGAAUUUUGAUAUACUGGCAAAGUAUGCAUGUUGAGAUUAACUUAUUUCUUUAAGAUUCUCGUAAAAUAAUGGUGGUCUUGCAAUGAAGUUAAAUUUUAUCUAUACUGUUUAAUUGACAAAAUCUUAAUGUAAAAAUAAAAAUGA